AUGACCCCUCUCCGUGAACCCCGCUGUAUCCUCCCUGGUGCCUUUGCACCCCGUUUCCCAGCCUUGCACUACCUGGCCACGCACAUCGAAGAUGUUCCCCAGCCGUACUUCUCAUUUUGGCGUGCCCCAUUUGCUAUGUCUACCCCUGCCCUUGCUACUCACCUUUGUCUCUGCCUGUCCCCAGUGCUCAGCACCAUCAACUGGCAGGAUUUGGCAGCCUCUGCCCCCACUUUUCCCACCACCCCAGCUGGCCCUGUGACCCUGCAGCAGGGUCCCUGCUUCCAGGAUGGGCCAGAGUUUGUUUUCCAGGAAUUCAGGGAUACUCUUGGUGAUUUUAUACCUGAUGUAUCCACCUUAGUGCCACCACCACUGGACUGUACUGACUAUGAUUUCUCACUUGGUGAGGAGGUGGCUUUUGGCCCCUGCACCCCACAGCUGCAGAGCAGUGUGCUGGUGCAGGUUCCCCCACAGAACCUGUCUUCCCCUGAGCCAUGCUGGAGAGACCUGGCAGACCAGCAGCAGAAAGCCCUGGGAGAUGCCCUGGAGGCAAACAGCCAGCUGCAGGAGACCCUCACACAGAGGCAGGAAGAGCUGGUGUCGGUGCGGGAGAGCAACGUGCAGCUGAAGGAGCUGGCAAGUCAGGCCAGGCAGCUGGCUGCUGUCCUUGACACGCUGAUGCUCCCGCAAGGCGCCGACGGGACAGUCCUUCCUCCUCUUCAUCCUUUGCCUCCUCCGCCCGCCGCCGCCGCUGCCCCGGCCGGGACGGGCCCGGAGGAUGCGGAGGGCGUGGAUGCCAUGCUGCGGGCCGUGUCCGAGAAGUGUCGCGCCGCCCUGCGAAGCCUGGGGGGCGGCGCUGGGGACAGCGCGGGGGGCAGCCCCGGGGGCAGCCCGGGACACAGCCCGGGGGGCAGCCCCGCAGCCAAGCGCCCGCGGCCGGACCCGCGCCUACACGGCGCCUUCCGCGGGCUGCGCACCGGCCACGCCGCGCCGCGCCCCGCCGCGGGGCAGCUGGAGGGGGGCGGCAGCCUGCGGGCCGCGCUCGGCGAGGCGGGCGCCAUCCGCACCCUGGCCUUCCCGCAGGGAAACGCCUUCACUCUGCGCACGGCCGCCGGCGGGCUCCGCUUCCGAUGGGUGCCGCGCUGA